GGAGGAGGAAGAGGAGCAGGAUAAGAAAGAGGACGAAGAGGAGGAGGCAUCAGGAGAUGAAGACGAAGAAGAAAGGUUAUCACCUGGUGACCCUGACGAGGAGGUUUCCACAGCAACGAGAGCCAAGCAGCUGGCUGAGCGUCUGAAGGCCAAGGCCCGGAAAAUGCUGCGGGACCUGGGGAGGAUCUUAGCCAUCAGCCUGCUGGCGCUGGCUGGCAUCACCCUGCCCUCUGCCUUCUCUGCCAUCUACUUCCUGCUUUUCAUCGGCGUGUGCACGUGGUGGGCGUGCCACCUUCCCAUCAGCCACCUGGGUUUCAACGCCCUGUGUGUGAUGGUGGGCUUCUUCACUGCGGGUCACAUGGUGUGUUUGUACCUGUACCAGAGCCUGCUGGCCCAGGGCAUGUUCCCCCCCCACAGCCUGUGGGCCAGGUGAGACUGCACAGCGCUUACUCUGAUAGAUGGAGAGACUGUUAUAUAUAUGCGUUAUAUAUAUGCACUGUCCCAAACUAGGAUGUUAUCUAGGCAUUGCACAGGAGUU